AUGAUCUGCAGAAUAAGGAAGGCGAAACCGGAAAUGCCAGUGAUGGGCGAUUUACCUCCCGCUAGAGUGGCGCAUCACCAGCGAGCUUUCACACACUGCGGUGUGGACCUAUUUGGACCGAUGGAGGUGGUGGUAGGGAGGAGAAGGGAAAAACGGUACGGUGUCAUAUUUACAUGCCUUACAGUUCGGGCUAUACACCUGGAGAUCGUGCAUUCCCUCACUACUGACUCACUAAUUAUGGCCCUCCGGCGUAUGGCUGCCCGCCGAGGGUGGCCACGCUGCCUUUACUCCGAUAACGGAACAAACCUACGUGGCGCUGAUGCGGAGCUACUGAAGUCAAUCCAGGAACUUGACGACGAGACCCUGAAGAACGAGGCUGCUAACAAUGGGACACAAUGGUCUUUUAUCCCACCGGCGAGCCCCCAUUGGGGGGGGGGGGGGCGUGGGAGCGUUUAA